AUGGGCUUGUUCUCGCGCAAGGACAAGGCGCCGGCCAAGGUGCCCCUGGAUAUCUCUCAUUCGAGCACCUCGGUGCAUUCAGGGUCGUCGAGCAUCAAGUCGCCUUCGCAUACAUCUCGCGCGCUGAACCGCUCUUCCGCAGGCGGCCACAGCAUGGCUUCAACUCCAGCAACCACACCUCUCACUCCGUUCUCGCCAAAGGCUCCGAAGAUGGAUCUUCCGAGACCACCGGACCCGGCCCUAGAUCCGGCAGGGUAUUUGCGGAGCCUGGGCUCCGUUCGCGAGCGAUGCCGCUUGAUCACCGAAAAAGCCGUCCGCAAUCAGCUCAAGCAUUUUGAAGUGGACAUGAGAAAGUUCCCCGAUGCUGUCGCCUUCUGUGCACGUAUCAUCAAGAGAGACUACGAUGCACCCUAUGUCAACACCGUGCCAUCGUAUGGUCGCCUGCAGCACUUUUCCAUUGGCGGGCGCGACAGGAUUGCGCAGCUACUCGCAACCUUGCCCGAAAGCGUUGAUAACUACGAGAGGUGCCGGCGCGUGCUUGACCUGUUCCUGAUCAGUAUCAUGCUCGAUACCAGCCCUGGCCUGCACUGGACCUUCAAGAGCGCCGAAAAUGGGCGCAUAUAUAGGCGUGUGGACGGCCUAGCGAUCGCCGGUCUCGAGAUGUACAAAUCUGGUCUUUUCUCGGGCAAUACUUCGAAUCGCAUGCAAGUUGACAAGGAUGGUCUGCGAAACCUGACGGUCGAGAAACUCGCGCAGGGCCUGCAAUGCCGCCCCGGCAAUGAAAUCGCCAACCUCCAGUCAAGAAUCGAUCUCCUCAUGAAGCUCGCCGGGGCACUUGAGCAGCACCCGGAAUAUUUUGGCGACAACGGACGGCCUGGCAACAUGGUCGACUACCUUCUCGCCCAUCCGUCGACGCAGGCGACCUCGACGCCGGUCGUGUCGGUGCCUGUGCUCUGGGACCUUCUCAUGCACGGGCUAGCACCGCUCUGGGGCCGCUCUGGCAUCGUCAUCAACGGCGUCUCGCUCGGUGACGCUUGGCCCUGCGCAUCAAUGCCGCAAACAUCGUCGUAUUGGGAGUCGAUUCUGCCUUUUCACAAGCUCACCCAAUGGGUACUGUAUUCGCUCAUGCAACCAAUGCAGAUGCUCCUCAAGAUCCAAUUCGCCGGCGCAGAGCUACUUGUCUGCCUGCCCGACUAUCGCAACGGCGGUCUGCUGGUCGAUGUGGGCGUGCUGACGCUCAGGGAGGAGGACGCUGCCCGCGGCUUGAAAAAGUAUCAUGAAUACUGCGAGCGGAUCGGCACAAAGCCAGUCGAGGUUGUUCCGAUGUUUGAGACAGGAGACGACGUCAUUGUCGAGUGGCGCGGUAUCACUGUCGGUCUGCUCGACCGCCUGUGCUCAGACGUCAACCGGGCAUUGUCCAAGGAGCUGGCCGGGCAUGAGCUGACGCCAUCCCAAAUCCUCGAGGCCGGCAUAUCGAAAGGUGGGAUGGAAAUCGCCGAAUUCAGCAGACCGAACACGCAGGAGCCACCUAUACUCGUCGAUGGCGAUGGCUCCGUCUUCCGCACGUUCUCGCGCGAGUAG